UGUAACUAUGGCGUCCUCUGUCAAAUCAAUGUCAAAAAACUGCCAAGAGCUUUUCGGACUGUGUUAAAAUUUCUUUCAACUCAGCUUAGACACAACGCAAUCUAAAGUUUAAGCUUUAGUUUUUUAAUUUUCUCGACACGAUUAUAAAAGUAGUCCAAGUGAGGAUAAACGUCAUUAUCUUUAGUAUCGUGAUAUUACCUAUUCAAGUUAUUUUAAUAUUAUAACAUUGUUAAGAAAAUGGAAAAAGAAGAGGGCGAAAUGAGUGAUAAUGAAAUGGAAGUGGAUGAUAUUGUCGAACCUGCUAUGCCAAAUAUGGAGAAACACACUGUGUUAUACAAGAAAGAAAAUAAUGGUUUAGUCCUGGAACUACUCGAAAAAGUAGAUGCAUUUAAACUUGAAGAGAGGGCAAAACGAUUUGGUUUUAGUCUUACAGGCAACAGGGUUGUAACACAAGAGCAAAUUGAUGAUCUGUACAAUAAUUUUGGUAUAAAAGAAGGCAAUGAACGGCAUUUUCGAUUUGAUACUUUACACUUAGCAGGCAUUGAUGGACUUUCAACUAAAGAUAUAUUUGAAUAUCUUGAAGAUUAUAAACCUGUGGCCAUAGAGUGGAUUGAUAAUAAUUCAUGUAACAUUGUUUGUCAAGAUCAUAUAGCUGUUGCUUUGGCACUAUUACUUCAUUCACGGGAAAUAACAGAUGAAGGUUUAAAAGACAUGAUUCAUGAAAAAUCUUCUUACCACUGGCGAGAAGGUUUACCACAUCCCAACGCCGAUAUGAUCUUAAUGAGAUUUGCCACACGUAGUGAUAAGAAAAUAACUAAAAUAAAAUAUGAAAAUAAACAAAUUGCUCAGUGUAUGGAUGAUGACAGCAUUGUUAGUAAGAAUCCCUGGGGUGACUUAUGCAUGUCUUGGGGAGUGUAUGAUCAUCAAGAAGUAUUUCGUCGUAAAUUGCCACAAGAUUAUGAUGAUGAUGGGGAAGAUGAUAGUCAUGAACCUAACAAAAGGAUACAAGUAAAAAGUAAACAACUUGCCAUGCGUCUUGGAAAAAGAAGUACCAAAACAGAAGACUCAGAUGAAGGUUCAUCAGAUUCGGAGUGGAAAAAAAAAUCAAAGACACCCAGAAUGAGGAUGCAUGCUGAUGAUGAAGAAUGUAAACAAAGAAAGCCUGUAGUUGAGCACUUUGAAGAAGAAAAUACAUAUGCUCCACUUUCCAUUGAAGUUUUAAAUACAACAAGUGAUUACACACCUCGAACAACAUUAAGGGUGUCAGAGAAAUUCCGAAGUAAUACUAAAACAGAAAAUACGUUAAGAAAGAAGAGCUUAAAAUCUAGGUUAGGUGCAAAAGUAUCAGCACGAGAUCAGGUAUCAAGUGAUGAAUCAACAUCAGAUAAUUCAGAUUCACAUAUAAUGAGCAGAGUCCAAAAAGUUAAUAAAAUGCCUAAACCACACAGCUCCAGUGUAUGGUCUAGAUUAGAGCUCAAAUCUAGUAGUGUGGAGGAACCUAAAGAUUUAAGACAAAAACUAAAAUCUAGAAAACAGAAGAAACCUGACGACUUACGAGAUGUUUUAAGCAAAACCAAACAAUCAAAUUUAAUCAUUGAAGUAGACAAUAGAAAUAAAUAAGUUUUAACAAAAACUAUCACUUUUAUUAUAAACCAACGGAAUACCACAAUACAUUAGAUGCCAAAAUAACAUAAAAUUA